GGCAGAAUAUGAAAGUAACAGCUCAUCUCUCCUCAACAGGCCGCAGUGUUUCAGCUGUCAAUCAUCUCACAAGCUGCCGGUUAAAAUCUACAUUCAUGAGUAUUUCACACAAAUCUGCAGAAGCACAUCAUCUCCACACAAAGCAUCAAAGCAUCAGAACUCAUUCACAGAAUGUGUGAUGAAUGAAACUUCCUGGAAGUGUUUAGCUGGUUGCUGUGAUGUUCUCAGCGGUUGUUUACUGAGCCUGUCAGCAGAAGACUUCAUGUGUUAUUCUGGUCUUCACAGUGUGUCAUCAGUAGAUCAGUAUGGAGCUCAGUUCUCUUCUUCUAGUGCUCUUGCUGAUUUCAGCUAUCCACUCUGAAGAAACUGAAGAGAGCCAAACGGAAACAGAAAAUGCCAGCGAAUCACAAUCCUCACACAUGGAUGAUGCAGAUAAGAAAGCUUCAGAUAUAAAACCAACCUUGACUGUGGAGCCACAGAGUUCUGUGUUCACUGGAGACUCAGUUACUCUGACCUGUGAGGUGGAUCAGUCCACUGGAUGGGAGUUUCUCUUUUACACACCCUCAAACCAUGAACCCAUUGAAGCUUCAGGAACUAAAACAAUCAGUUCUGUGCGAGUCUCUGAUGGAGGAGAAUACAAGUGCAGAGUCAAAAGAGGAGAAAUCCCAGAGAAUUACACACAAUACAGUGAACCAGUAACUGUGAAAGUAGAGAAAAGACCAAAAGCUCAAGUGUCUGUACGGCCUGAUGAACAUGUAUUCAGAGGAGAAACUGUCACUCUCACAUGUGUCAUCAAUGGAGGAGGAGUCACUAGCUGGCAGUACAGAUGGAAUAAAGAUUCAGUCAUAGAGCAGAAUAAACAACAGAAUUACACAAUCAGUCCUGUUAGUCAGUCUGAUGCAGGUAAAUACACCUGUGAAGGAACAGAAACCGGUGGAUCCCGAUCUUCAGACACCAGUGAGUCAGUUACACUGACAGUAUCAGAAAGACCAAAAGCUCAAGUGUCUGUACGGCCUGAUGAACAUGUAUUCAGAGGAGAAACUGUCACUCUCACAUGUGUCAUCAAUGGAGGAGGAGUCACUAGCUGGCAGUACAGAUGGAAUAAAGAUUCAGUCAUACAGCAGAAUAAACAACAGAAAUACACAAUCAGUCUGUUGUUGAGUCUGACGCAGGUAAAUACACCUGUAGAGGAACAGAGAUCAGAGGAUCAUCAGACACCAGUGAUGAGUUACACUGACAUCCUGAGUAAAUAUGACAUUAUCUUUACAGCUUUACCCAGAGCUACAGUGAGAGUAACACCAGACACAUCUGUGUUCACUGGAGAGACAGUCACUCUGAAGUGUGAGAUAGAGAAACAUUACACAUCAUUACACUGGAGAUAUCUGUGGUAUAAUAGCAGACGUGUAGUUUCUAAGACUCCACGUUACACAGUAAACACAAACACUCUCACUAUCAGUUCAGUUACUCAAUCUGAUCAGAAUCAGUUCUGGUGUAAAACAGAGAUUCAUGGACGACCACAAACUUCUUCAAGCUCACCUGUUUAUCUCACAGUAAAGGCUUUACCCAGAGCUACAGUGAGAGUAACACCAGACACAUCUGUGUUCACUGGAGAGACAGUCACUCUGAAGUGUGAGAUAGAGAAACUUUACACAUCAUUACACUGGAGAUAUCUGUGGUAUAAAGACAGACGUGAAGUGUUGAACUCUGAGCGUUACACAGUAAACACAAACACUCUCACUAUCAGUUCAGUUACUCAGUCUGAUCAGAAUCAGUUCUGGUGUAGAGGAGAGCGAGCUGGACGCCCCUCAUCCUCUCAGGACAGUGAUCAUGUGACUCUCUCUGUUAAAGGAUCAAAACCAAAAGCUGAACUCAGAUCAGAUACUGAAGGAUCUGUACUGACGGGAAACACAGUGACUCUGAAGUGUCUCAUGAAUCAGUUCACUGGAUGGAAGUUUUACUGGUAUCAACACACACUGAACACUGAGAAGAAGACAACAAAUACAAACUCCUUCAAAUUAUACAUAACUUCAGUUUCAGAUGGAGGUCUGUACUGGUGUAGAGCUGGAAGAGGGAAUCCAGUCUAUUACACAGACUACAGUGAUGUUCUGUGGAUCAAUGUUACAGAGAGUCCUAAAGCAGUUUUGACCGUUGAGCCUGACAAACAGCUGUUCUCAGGAGAAACUGUCACUCUGAGAUGUGACAUACAGACUAAACAAGACACUGAGUGGACAUACAGAUGGACUGUAGAGAAAUAUAACCCCCGGUAUACAGUCAACCAAUGCAAAACACAAGAGUGUAAAAUCAGAGUUGAUCACAGUGACAGCGGUAAAUACACAUGUGGAGGAACGAGUGAAAAUGGACAAAAGUGUGAGAAGAGUGAAGCUGUUACACUGACUGUAUCAUCAUAUCAACCCAAGACAGUCUUAAGAGUUUCUCCACAGCAGUGGCUGACUGAAGGAGAUUCAGUGACUCUGAUGUGUGAGGUCAACAGAUACUCUACAGGCUGGACAUUCAGCUGGUUCACUGAACACAAUCUCUCCUCAGGUUUUGAUCUGGUGUCAGACAGCAGUGGAGGAUCUAAAGGCGACUACACUGUGAGUUCUGCGGCUCUGAAGCACACAGGAGUUUAUAUGUGCCGAGCAGAGAGAGGAGAUCCAGUCUAUCACACACACAACAGCAGCACACAACCACUGUGGAUCACUGGUGUUUCUUCUUCAGUGUCUCUGAUCAUCAGACCCAACAGAACUCAACACUUCUCAUCUGAAUCUCUCUCUCUGAGCUGUGAGGAUCACAGGAACUCUACUGGAUGGACAGUGAGAAGAUACACAAACACACUGGAAACUUGUCCAUCAUCAUCAGUCAGAUCUACAGGAACAGAAUCUACAUGUACAAUCACAUCUCUCAUCACAUCUGACACUGGAGUGUACUGGUGUGAGUCUGAAUCUGGACACAAACUUCAUCCUGUUAAUAUCUCAAUACACAAUGGUGAUGUGAUUCUGGACAGUCCUGUUCAUCCUGUGACUGAAGGAGAUUCUCUGACUCUACACUGUUUAUAUCGAGAUAAAAACCCAUCAAACCUCAGAGCUGAAUUCUAUAAAGAUGGAUCAGAGGUGCAGAAUCAGACUACAGGAGACAUGAUGAUCAUCUCUACAGUCUCAAAGUCACAUGAGGGUUUCUACUCCUGUCAACACCCAGAGAGAGGAGCGUCUCCAAAGAGAUGGAUCUCAGUCACAGCCUCAGGAUCUCCGUCUCAGGGUCUGAUAGUUGGAGCGGCUGUUGGACUGAGCGUCAUGUUUUUGAUCAUUGUCUUGGUCUUGCUGCGGAGCUACAGAAACAAAAAAGGUAAAGUGUCUGAGUCUCCCUCUGGUGUGAGUCCACAGCAGAACAUCAGUCAGACAUCAGAUCAGAAACAAAAUGAAGACACUCCACUGCAGUCUGGUCAGUCAUCAUCAACUUAUGAAGAUGCUCAUAUUUAUGACUCGGUUGAUGCAGCAGAUAAUAAAAACUCAAGCACAGCAGUGACUGUGAGUGGACCCAGUGAUGUGCUGUAUUCACAGGUCGACUUCAAGAAAAAGAAACGGAAGAGCAAAGACAAUGUAAGAACAGAAGCUGAUGUCACCUAUGCUGACAUUGAACUGAAACCUAAGAAAGAAGUGAAGAAAAAGAAAGAGAAGAAAGAGAAUAACAAAGAGAGUCAUGACACGCUGUACUCGGACCUGAAGACGAAAGGACAUCGAGAUGUUGGUUGUGGAUCUAAUGAUGUGACAUAUGCUCAGAUUAAAUAAAACACCAGAGGAGAAGAAACAAGAAAGAUACAAACAUGGGUCUUAAUUAUUAUUAUUUAGCCUGUGUUUUAGAUUUCAUUAUCUGCCGAAUCUAACAAAUCUUUCAAUGCUCUGCUUUAAAGUGAGAUGUUAAGUGCCAGAAUGAGUUUAGUUUUAAGUGAUAAAGAAAAGAGUUUUAUACUUUUGUGAGUACAGCAUUUAACCUGAGAUGGCAAUACAUUUACUAAUACGUAAUAUUUGACGAGUUUAUUUCCAAAGUGAGAUAACUCCGUUUUUAACGUUUUUUUAUUGUGCAUUCCAAUUAAUAUCAAUCAAACUGCAGUUGGUUUGUUUUGAUUUAAGCCAUAUUAACUCAAAUAUAUACAGCUAAC